GAGGGCGAAGAAGCACAUUUCACAUUGGAAAAGCUGACUCCUUUUCUUCUUUAUAGCUAUUAAUAAUUCCUCUUUACACAAGUCAUCUACAUAGUCAAAACAAGACUGCUCCUCCACCAACUUAAUACUGCUCUGGCCUCACGAUUUGCGCUUUUGGGUUCCAUAAUCGCCUGCCAGAGAAGAAACCCACUUCGUCUCUCGCUCUGACCCUUCUGUUUUGGUGGGUUUGUUGGUGAACUCAACUGAGAGAAAGAGAUGGCUUUGAUAGGAAGAGUGCACCCUGAUUGCGUAAACGUUGCGAAUCCGUACCAUGAAUGCACUGAAACUUGCCUGAGAAAAAUUGCAGAAGGGAAAGGCCGGAAGAAUAAAAAGAAAUCAGAUAAUGGCGGUGAUAUAAAAGAUGGUGAGUUCAACAGAAAGAUGGCUGGAGAGAGAAGAGUGGAUGCAACUAGGGCAUCUAAUCCUUACCAUCAAUCUGGUCAAUCUUUUCCGAAAAGAACUGCCGGUGGUGAAGCUCGUGGGGAUAUAAAAGAAUCAGGCUCCAUACUUGAUAUUCCUAUAUUGGGUGGACGAAAAGAGAGAUCCCGACCAAAGACUCCUCAAGAUCUUGACAAUGUAUCUGACCGAAGUGUGGUUUAUCCUUAUGAUGCUCAAUCAUCUCCAUCUAAGGACAAGGUGAAUGUAGAGAAUGGGUCUGUCCUUGAUGAUCCUAUAUUUGGAAAAAGAAAGCCAGUCUCCCAAACAAGGUCUGCUGAAGAGCAUGAAAAUGGUCAAGGUGUUGAUCCUUCAUCAUUUCCAGAAAAGCUGAAAAUAGAGAACGGAUCUGCCCUUGAUGAUCCUAUAUUUGGCAGAAGAAAGCAGGUAGCCCAGCCAAAGCCCCAUGAAGAGCUUGACAAUGGAUCCGGUCAAGGUUCAGUUAAUCCUUCUGGUUCUCCCAUGUCUCCAUCUAAUGAAAUUGUGAAAAUAGGGAAUGGCUCCACCCUUGAUGAUCUUAUAUUUGGCCGCAAAAAGCAGGGAUCUGAACCAAAGCCUGAAGAAGAGAUUGAGAAUGUACCUGUUGUGAAAUUAGAUAAUGAUGAGUAUAAGUCUUAUUCUGGACCGCUUGCUCAAGUAAAAGAUCCUUCCUUGAACAAGAAGCAAAUCAAUUCCUCUGGGGCAGUGCCUACAUCUGGAAUUAUCAAAAUGACCCCUCUCUUUCUCUCCCUACACACAAUGGUGGAGAAGGUCCCACUGCCACACCUUCUGAAAACAGAAGCUUCAGUUUCUCAGGUUCUCCCUAUGUUGAAGAGAGUGAUGAUGACGAUGCACGAUCUGUCAAUUCUGAUUCCAGUGUUUCUGUGGGAAAGUACCUUGAAACGCACUUCGGUGAAGCAGCUGACAAAGUCAAAAGUCAAAGAAAUGUCAGCUAUGCUCAAGGAUGUAGAAUCUUCAGGAAUGGAUGUUGGUUGGCUUCGUCUUAUGCUCAAUGAAUGUGCGCAAUCCAUUGAUCUCGUGAGUCAGCAUCGAGCAUUCGAACUAGAAAAGGCCAACUGUGAUCGUGGCAUUGAAUCAAUAAGGAAAGAACUAGAGUCCCAGAUGGAGGCUUUGGCUCUGAAAGAAAAGGAGGUUGCUGAUGCCAAGAAGCAAGUUUCUGAAACCAGAGCCCAUCUGAGGGAGCUUGAGCUCAAAUCAUCUGUUUUGAGUGAGACUGUUAGUAAUCUGAAGUCCAAGGUUGAAAAUCUUCAAAGCAAAUCAUUGUUGGACAAGGAAAUGUUGAACUGUUUCUUGUACUUGCAUAAUAUAUCAGAGUCUCCUGUAAUAGCUGCUAUCGGUAGCUACUGCAAAGAUAUAGAGACAGCCGAAAUCAUGUCUGAUGAAGGAAGAGUGCACCGGGAUUGCAGGAAUGCAUCCAAUCCCUACCACGAAUGCAGCGAGUUUUGCUUCAAAGUUAUUGCUGAAACCAAAGCUCGGAUGGAUCAAAAUCAAUCAGAAUCUGUACAAGUUAGUGGUGGUAGUGGCAAAUCAAAAUUAGAGGCUGCUCAGCAAGAGGAAGAUCUAGAUAGACCAUCAGAGACUGAUGAACAUGCUGAUGAUGGUGAUGAGCCUCCUGUUGAGGAGGAGGAGAAUAUGGAAGGAGACUUCACAAAGUUCACAGGGAGGAAGAAAAAGUUGUGGGAAUUAAGGAUGAAGAUGAAUAAGGCUAGGAAAGCAAAUCAAACAGAUAUUGCAGCUGAAAAGAAAAGAAUGGAACCUCCACAAGAAUCAAGGGGCAUUUCUAAACAAAAAUGGCUUGAAGAGAGGAAAAAAAGAAUUGGUAAACUUCUAGAUGCAAAUGGUUUGGAUAUGAAAACCGCUUACAUGCUAGAUACACAAGAGAUGGCAGAGUCAAAGUACAAGAAAUGGGAAAAGGAUCCUGCCCCAUAUGGCUGGGAUGUUUUUAAUCAGAAAACAUUGUAUGAUGCAUACAAAAAGCGAACAAAGAAUAUUGAUAUUGACUUGGAAGAUUACAAUAAGAUGAAAGAAGAAGAUCCAGAGUUCUACCGUGAAGCUUCCAGCCUUCAAUACGGGAAGGCUCCAAAGAUCUCAGAGGAUAAAAUUGACAAGAUGGUGAAGGAACUAAAGGACCAGGAAGAGAAGAAAAAGAAAUUCAGCAGGAGGAGGAGGUUUCAUGAUGAGAAGGAUAUUGACUCGAUCAAUGACCGUAAUGAGCAUUUUAACAAGAAGAUUGAGCGAGCUUUUGGUAAAUACACGCUGGAAAUCAAAAACAAUCUUGAGCGAGGAACUGCAUUGCCUGACUAAGGUAAACUGCAAAAUGCAUUGUAUCAUGAUGUUUUUGUAAUUGGGAAAGUCUAACUGGCUUAAUGGGUACUAUUCCCUCAACUUAGUGCUGCCAGGUCUGAUGCUGGUGAAUUGUAAUAAUGCAUGUAUGAAUUUAUGGUGAAGUGUUUCUUUGAUACAGAUUUUGUUGUAUUCCAAGUGUCUUUAACAUUUUUUUAGGUAUCUUAACAGAUUUUCUUCUUUUGUAUCUGGUUGCAUUGAAAUGAAAAAAAAGUUUGUCUA